AUGUCCACCCAACAAGAUGUCGAGUUCAAGACAAUCGAUGGAAUCACCCUCCGUGGUCGGAUGUACAUUGCCUCGAGCAGGGGACCUGGUAUUGUGAUGAGUCCGGGGUUCAACGGCGUUAAAGAGAUGGUCGGGUUGCCUAACGUGGCACUCGCAUUUCAGCAGGCUGGAUUGACGGUUCUCAUGUAUGAUCCUCGAACAACUGGUUUGAGCGAUGGCGAACCACGCAACGACAUCGACCCUUUCACACAAAUCGACGACUAUUCGGAUGCGCUGAGCUACCUGGCUGCCCACUCGAUGGUAGACCAGAGCCGGAUGGGAGUAUGGGGCAUGUCUCUCUCGGGGGCCAUCGCACUAGCUUGUGCAGCAGUUGACCCACGCGCCCGAUUUGUGGUCGCUGUCUGCCCAGCUUUGGAGUAUUCUUUCACCGCGGCCAAGCUGCCGGGCGUUUUGGCCAAGAUUGCCAAAGAUAGAGAGUCUCAAAUCAAGGGAAAUGACCCAUUCUACCUCCCAAUGCUCAACCAACAGGGAGAGAAUCCAGCUGGAUUCAAUUUGGGGGUCGACAAAGAUGCCGCUCUGAGGAUUCUCAGUGCUCAGGAUGAAAGCAUCCCAACUCGGCAAUCCAUCGCCGCAAACCAUGUGAAUCGCACCACCAUCCAGUCCUAUCGGAAGCUGCUUAUGUGGAGCCCUGCCCCCAUACUUCGACAUCUAUCUGUGCCGGUGAUGUUUGUAGUUCCGGAGCGGGAUCAGCUCAUCCCUGCUGCGGGGCAACAGGAGGUGUUCGACAAGCUCCCAGGGGAGAGUAACCAGAUCCACGUUGAGCAAGGAAGGGGCCACAUGGACAUUCUGGAGGGCGAGCAUGUCCCGGAUCUGAUGAGGCGGAAGGUGUCGUUCAUCAACGAGGCCGUCAAAGGACAGAAACUAGCCUGA